AUGAGCAAUCUCAAACGAAAAGAUGCGCCCGCGGGCACGUCGGCCGCGAAGGCAUCCAAGCGAACCAAGUCCGACAAUACCCCUACUAAGAACGAGACGAAAUCCACGAAAUCCCCCAACGCCUCGAAUCCAAAGCCAGCCAAUGCGCCCACCAUCGCGCGUUUGAAGGAAGAAGAGCCCUUGUUCCCCAGAGGCGGCGGCAGUAUUUUGUCUCCGCUUGAACACAAGCAAAUUUCCAUUCAAGCGAAGCAGGAUGUCUUGUUUGAGCACGAGGCGGGGCAAGGUGCGAAGAAGGCAGACCGAAUCUCCAACAAGAAAUCCAAGAGGUCGAAAGACAGAAAGGGUACAGAUACUGGCUUCAGUGAUGACAAUGUGAAGAUUGAGGGCCUCAACUAUCAGCGGCUGGUCAAAGGCUCUCUAGUCCUCGGCCAAGUCACCGAGAUCAACACCCUGGGAAUAAUCCUCGCUCUACCGAAUAACCUCACUGGGCAUGUACCAAUCACUGCUAUAUCGGAUGUCCUGAGUGCAAAAUUAGCAGCUGAAGCUGAAGCCCUUGACGAUGAUGUCGAGGUCGGCGGCGGUGACGAGGACGACGGUGUUGAUCUAAAAGAUCUCUUUCGAAUCGGUCAAUAUCUGCGCGUCUGUGUCACUUCAACUGAAGAAGAAUCGACAGCCACUCUUGCGAAACCCCGAAAACGCAUCGAGCUAUCCCUGCGCCCAGAUCACACCAACGCCGGAUUGGCCAUUCAAGAUAUUGUCGAGAACACCACUGUCAUGGCAACGGUUAUUAGUGUCGAGGAUCAUGGCUUCGUUAUGGAAUUAGGUCUCGCUGAGUCGGCAGUCCGUGGCUUUUUGUCUCGCAAAGAGGUGGCUGCCGAACUUCCCGAAUCUCAAUUGCAACCUGGCUCCGUGGUCCUGUGUCUUGUUACAGGAAAGGGUGCAAAUGGCAAAAUUGUACAACUGACCACCCUUCAAAACAAGCUCGGCAAGGUGCAAAACUUUGCAUCAGAGGCCACCACAAUCAACACUUUCUUGCCAGGGAGCGCUGUCGAGUUCAUGGUGUCCGAGAUCACCAAUCGCGGAAUAUCGGGCAAAGUCAUGGGGUCGCUAGAUGUCACGGCUGAUCUGAUGCAUUCUGGUCUCGGUCCCAAGGCUGUAGACCUCGAGUCCAAAUACAAGAUUGGCAAGAAGGUCAAAGGUCGUGUGAUAUGCAACUUCCCAACAGCCAAGGAGCCGAAGCUGGGCGUAUCCCUACUGGACCACGUGGUAUCGCUACAACCCAAGCUGGCAGCCUCCAAAAAGUCACCCUUGGAGACUCUACCUAUAUCUUCGGUGGUCGAAGAAUGCAAAGUGACUAAGGUGGAAUCCGAAGUUGGGGUCUUCGUUGAUGCGGGCGUCGAUGGUGUGCCCGGAUUCGUGCAUAUCUCCCGACUGAAGGACGGCAAGGUCGAUAUGCUUUCCGAGACGACCGGUCCUUUCAAAGUAGGGUCCGUUCACCGCGGCAGGGUUGUGGGCUAUAAUGCGAUUGAUGGGACCUUUCACUUAUCUUUCGAGAAGACCGUGUUGGAACAGCCUUUCAUACGGAUUGAGGACAUCCCCAUUGGUGAAGUGGUCCACGGCGAGAUCGAAAAGCUCCUGAUCAACCAAGACGGACUCAGCGGUCUGCUGAUUAAACUCGCCGAGGGCAUUCAUGGAUUUGUCCCCGAAAUCCACCUGGCGGACAUCCGACUACAACAUCCGGAGAAGAAGUUUCGGGAGGGUCUCAAAGUCAAAGCCAGAGUACUCGCAACCGAUCUGGUCAAGCGCCAAGUCAAGCUCACGCUGAAGAAAACUCUUGUGAAUUCCGAAGCACCUGCUCUUCGGUCAUUUGAAGACCUUGUCGUCGGCAUGCAGAGUCCGGGUACAAUCAUCAAAUUACUCGAUAAAGGUGCAAUCGUGCAGUUCUAUGGGUCUCUGCGAGCUUUCUUGCCCGUCUCCGAGAUGAGCGAGGCUUAUAUACGGGAUCCAAAGGACCAUUUCCGUGUUGGUCAGGUCGUCAGCGUCCAUGUACUGAAUUUUGAUGCUGAGACGCAAAAGCUUUUCGUCUCUUGCAAGGAUCCAUCGGCCUUCGGAAUUGAAAAGCAAAAUGCGCUCAAGCAACUCCAACUGGGAGAUCUCGUAUCUGCCAAGGUCGUGCAGAAGAACGAAGAUGACAUUUUCGUUGAGCUCCUCGACAAUUCCCUGAAGGCGGUGUUAACUGUUGGACAUCUUGCCGAUCGACCAAGCAAGAGUCGGUCGGCGUUGAAAGGAAUACGUGUCGGGCAGACUCUCAGCGACCUCAUAAUACUGGAAAAGAAUGAGGGCCGUCAAUUCAUCUCGCUGUCGAAGAAACCUAGCCUGGUCAAAGCUAGCCAAGAUGGUAAGCUUCUCACCUCCUGGGAUCAGGCCAAGGUUGGGGAGCUCCGAGAAGGUUGGGUUCGGAAUGUCACCGCUACCGCGAUGUUCGUGCAAUUCCCUGGCCAACUGAUCGCUUUACUACCGAAGUCCAAGCUGGCUCAAGAAGAUCGAGACAAACCGGACUUCGGCUUGAAGAAGUAUCAAUCAGUGGCUGUCAAGAUCGACUCAAUCGACAGAGAACAUGGCCGGCUAGUCGUUUCCGCGACCUCGUUCGAAAAUAAGGCCACGGAUGAGGGUCGUGCUUCCACCGCGUCAAGUCUGGUGGAGAAUGCAGUUGAUGAGACAGUAUCGUCGAUGGACGAUGUAUUCAUUGGCAAAGUCACCAAAGCCAGAAUAGUGUCAGUCAAGAGCACGCAGUUGAACGUCAAGUUAGCCGACAACCUACAAGGUCGCAUCGAUGUUUCUCAAGUAUUUGAUACAUGGGACAAGAUCCCAAAUCCGAAGGCACCCUUGGACUCCUUCCGGGUCAACAGGAUCAUACAGGUCCGAGUCCUGGGUGUCCACGACGCGAGAAACCACCGUUUCUUGCCAAUCUCUCACCGCUCGACACAUCCCGUUAUCGAAUUGUCUGCAAAACCGAGCGAUACAAAGGAAGAUGCCACUCCAGCUUUGUCUCUAGAAAAGCUGGAAGUUGGCUCUACGCAUUUAGGCUUCGUCAACAACGUCCAGCAGAAUUAUCUCUGGGUCAGCCUGUCACCUAACGUACGCGGCAAGAUCAAUACUCUAGAGAUUUCCGACGAUGUAUCACGGCUUGACAGUCUGCGUACAAACUUCCCCGUCGGCUUGGCGCUGCGAGUUCGAGUACUGGCUGUCAAUGCAGCAGAGGGUCGUCUUGACUUGUCAGCACGCUCCCUCGGCUCCUCGACGAACCUCACUUGGGACACUGUAAAGCAAGACAUGGUCCUCCCCGCUAGGGUUACGAAGAUCAACGAACGACAAAUUAUUGUGCAGCUCAGUGAUUCGGUCUCCGGCCCAGUCCACAUUAUCGAUCUCAGCGAUGACUACAGUGAAGCCAAUACCAUGUCUUACGGCAAGAAUGGUGUCAUUCGAGUUUCAGUUGUUGAUGCUGAUAAAAUCAACAAGAGGCUGCGACUAUCGUCUCGCCCGUCAAGGGUGUUGAACUCUUCGUUGCCCGUGAAGGACCCCGAAAUCACCAAGACAUCCCAACUCCAUGUUGGCGAUGUGAUCCGCGGUUUUGUCAAGAACGUCUCCGAUAAGGGCGUCUUCGUAGGCCUUGGUGAAGACGUCACGGCUAUGGUCAGAGUCUCAGACCUUUCGGACAAAUUCCUCAAGGAGUGGAAGGAUGAGUUUCAAGUCGACCAGCUCGUGAAAGGUCGAAUAACUUCUCUUGAUCCCACCACGGGUCAUAUCAUGAUGAGCCUCAAGGCAUCCGUCGUAGACAAGGAUUUUGUACCUCUUGUCAACUAUCAUGACCUUCGCGAGGGUCAAAUUGUUAAGGGCAAGGUCCGAAAGGUUGAAGAGUUCGGUGCCUUCAUCCUAAUUGAGGGCUCUGCCAACGUGAGUGGAUUGUGCCACCGGAGUGAAAUGGCCGAAAAGCCUGUCGAGGAUGCACGCAAGCUUUUCAGUGAGGGUGAUAUGGUCAAAGCAAUCAUUUUGAAGCUCGACCAGCAGAAAAAGCGUAUCAACUUUGGUUUGAAGCCAUCCUACUUUGAGGACGAUGAGAGUCACGACAGCGACGAUGACGAGCACGGCGCUGGUGCUGCGCUUGUCGAUGAUGAAGAUGACGAGGGCGAGGAGAUGGACGAUGCCGAACUUCUGAUCAGAGGCACGGAUAAUGUUUCGGACGAGUCAUCUGACAACGAAAAUGCAGAGAUGGCUGAUGGGGGAGCCGACGAUGCCGAUGCUCUCAACGCCGGUGAGUUCGACUGGUCUGCGAAUGCGCUUGACGAGGUCGACACCACCCGUGGUGGCGUGAUCAAAGACGCAGACGCUGCACCAGAGAAAAAAAAGAAGCGACGGAGACCACAGGAUGAGGUAGACCGCAGUGAUGAUCUGAAUACCUUUGGUCCCCAAACAGCUGUUGAUUACGAACAACUUCUCAAUCGGCAACCUAACUCGUCUUCGCUGUGGAUCGAGUACAUGGCUCACCAGAUGCAAGUCAGUGAGCUUGCAAAAGCCCGCGAAGUAGCCGAACGUGCUAUCACCACGAUCAGCAGCUCUGAGGAGACCGAAAAGCUGAAUGCCUGGGUGGCCUACCUCAACCUCGAAGUUCGCUUUGGUAACGAGGACACGGUUGAGGAGGUGUUCAAACGUGCUUGCCAAGUAAACGACCAGCAAGAAGUCUAUCAGCGCCUGGCUAGUAUAUACAUCCAGGAUGACAAAGCAAAGAAAGCGGACGAGCUUUUCCAGGCUCUGGUCAAGAAGUUUGGUGCAACUUCACCUGACGUCUGGUUCAACUAUGCUCACUGGUUGCAUGCUGUUCAGAACGAGCCAGAACGGGCACGAGCUUUGCUGCCGCGGGCGACUCAAGCAUUACCGAACCAUGCGCGCUUCCCGCUCAUGACAAAGUUCGCCGCUUUGGAGUUUAACUCUCCUCACAGGAAUCCCGAGCUGGGGCGUACAAUGUUUGAGGGCCUUCUCUCUACGUUCCCAAAGAGAUUCGACCUGUGGAACCAGCUCCUAGACCACGAAGAUGUGCCUGGAGCAGACAAGGCAGCCGUGAGGGACGUGUUCGACCGGGCCGCCAAGGUGAAGGGCCUCAAGGCCAGGGCGGCGAAGAAGUGGUUCAAGCGCUGGGCGGAAUGGGAGGAGAAGAAUGGGGAUGCGAAGAGCAGGGAAAAGGUCAGUGCGAAAGCUGCCGAGUGGGUGAGGAUGAAGGCAGAAGCCAAGGCCUCCAAGGGUGAGGAGGAAGAUGACGAGUAA